AUGAAAGGAAAAUUAGUACAAUCUUUAAUCAAUCUAUUUCCAAAUCAACAUCAGGAAACAUUAAUCUAAUGUGUGUUUAUAAUAGGAUUUGAUAAGCUUAUAAAAAAGGGUUUUCUUUUAAAUGGCAAACCUAAACUUCAAGAAAUAAUAGAUUAUUCAAGUAAACGUAAUUUUUCAAUGUAGUUAAAUUGUAAAAAAAUGGAAGAUUAGACUUUGUUUAAUAACCUUGUGAUGUAAGACAAGAGUUGGAUCAUUUAAAAGAUGAAAUAAGUAAGUUGACAUAGUAAAUAUAAUAUAAUAACUCGAUGAUGUAAACAUUUUUUCAUAUAUUUUAGUCAAAAACAAACCCAAAGAAGCCAAGAUAGGCUAAUAUUAUAGAAUGUUUCACCCUAAUAUGAUGAAAGAAAAAGGUCUGUAUCAGUUGGAUAUAAAUAAUAAUAGCAAUAAUUCAUUUAAAAGAAAACUAAAGAAAUAACUCCAAAAAUUACAGAAACAAUACCAUAGACAAUCAAUUAAAUCAACAUCACAAUUUCCAAACAUCAUUUGGAUGAUACAGAAAUAAAGUCUAUAAUGAGAGAUACUUAAAUAAAAGAAAAACCUCCUAAGCCAAAUAAAGUGAAUUAGGAUCAGGUUUUCAAAAAAAAUAAUCAGAUUGAAUAUUAGCGUAUAGAUACAGAAGAACAUCCAACAUAUGAAGAUAUUGACAGUGUGCCUGUUAAAGAAUAUUACAUUCCUUAAGUCCUUUAAUAUUCAAAUCUCUAAAAUAGUUAAAUGUCAUAAUUAUAACAACAAUCAUAGUCUAACCAAUUCUAAUAAUAAACAUUUAACUAAUUGCCAUCAACUUAGAUUUAAUAACUAUAAUAAUCAUAAAUGUCAUAUUAGUCAAAUACAAAAUAAAGCGAUCACUAAACCCAUAAUACAAAUUAAACGUUUGCAUAGCCUUAGUCAAGCUAAAAGCAUUUAGUUUAACCUUCAAAAUCUCCAAAUAGUUAGUCUAAAUCUCCAAGUAAAUCUCCAAAAUUUAAGUAAUAAAAAAAGCAAAACUGUAAAAAAAAUUUAGAGACCGUGCACGAAGAAAGUUUUGCAUAAGUUAAACAUUAAAGUAGCCAUUCAGCCUCAUCAAAAGGAAGGGGAUCCUAUCGAUAAUAAAAGUUUUAAUAAAAUAAUUAAGCUGUAUCUAAGAUUAAAGCAUUGCUGGAUUAAGAUAAGAAAAUAUACAAAUAACAUUUAGUAGAUGUUGCAAGUGAAAGAAGAUCAUUUAUCAAUUCUUCUGAUAAAAUGAAAAGAAUUUAAGAGGAAAUAAUAACUGACUAAAGCCAAGCAAAAUAUUAAGAUAUUAGUGACUCAGUGAAUAAAAGAACUUUUUCAAAUAAUAGUUUUUAUAAAUAGUAAUAGAAUCAGUAAAUCUCACCUUAAUUAGAUUCAGAAUCUAAAUGUUAAGGUUUAGAUCCAUUAAAUCAGUUUUAAGGGUCAAAUUCAAUGACAAAUUCGAAUCGUGCUGGCAAUUUCACAUCAAAUCCUCAAUAAUAAGAUAAUAUACCAAUUUAUGGCAAAUAUAAAUAAUAGAUACUUGAUCAAUUUUCUCCUAAAUUAAAAUAUUAAGCAAGACCAUAAAGUGUAGGUAAAUAAUUGGAGAGUGACUUCAAAAGAUCGAAUGAUUUCAAUAGAAGUUCAGUUAGUAGUACAUUUUCAAUGUUUAAUCCUAAUGAAGAGUUGAAGACAUUUUUUUAGAAUGACUUUUUAGAAAGGAAACGAUAUUUCCCUUAAGGGUAUAGUGAUAUGACAAAAUAAGUAUUUUAAUUUAUUUAAUAAAUAGUCAUCUUUAAAUUCCUCACAAGAUCAUAAUUAACAUUAAAGCAAAUAUAUUAGUGCAAGUCAAAUUGAGGAACAGCAAAACUAUAGUAAGAACUUAUUCAGUCCUCAAUAAUAUUAAAAUAUUGAUAAGUCUAAUGUCUUCAAUAAUAAUAGGCUUAGCGUAACUAGAAUACUAAAUAAUUCAUAAAUAUGA